AUCAGUAUAUAUUAAGUUCUUAGCGUGUGAAGUUCGAUUAAAAUGAACAUAUUGUUAAUUGUGCAGUCUCUCAUAAUAUUAACAAUUGCAUUUGAUUAUAGUAAUUGUGAAGGUCUAAUUGAAGUUUUUCGAUGGAAACAAAUAGAUUUUUAUAAUCGCGGAGAUGGUCAGUCUGGAAUAAAAACUGGUACAUCUCCACCGAAAAAGUCAUCAGCGGGUAUUGUUUUUCCGAAAUGGAAUGAAGAUGAAAACUCGAAAUAUCGUUUUAGAAACAAAAGAAGUGAGGUACGAAUAACAUCCCGAGAUGACAUUACCGUCGGCGUGCGUUCAUUGCAAAAUUCAAACAAUGUGGAAAAUAAUUCCUCCUACAUCGCUUACAAUAAUGUGCCGAUGGGAGCAACACAUUUCCAAGGUCGGCUUUUUAUAACAAUGCCACGACGAAGAGUUGGCAUACCUUCUACACUAAAUUACAUUGAUAUGAUAAAAGAUGGCAAUAACCCAAGUCCAAAACUACAUGCCUACCCCAAUUUUGAUACAAACGAUAUAAAUUCAAUCUCCCAAAGCAACUCACAGAGUUUAGUGUCUGUUUAUCGUACGACAACCGAUUUGUGCCAGCGAUUGUGGUUUAUCGAUACAGGAAUGUUAGAAUAUCCAAAUAAUCACACUCAGGUAAAAAGACCAUCUAUAUGGAUUAUUGAUUUAAAAACUGACGCUGUAAUAAAACGAUUUGAAAUACAACCGCAAAUAGUAGAAAGCGGUCGAGGUUUAGCAAGUAUAACUAUAGACGUUCGUGCACAACAAUGUAAUAAAGCAUUUGCUUACGUACCAGAUUUGGUUAGUAACCAACUUUAUGUAUAUAGUCUUGAAACUGAUCGAAUUUGGACAUUCAGACACAAUUACUUCAAUUUUGACCCAAUUUCAGGAGACCUUUCAAUAGGUGGUCAAACUUUUAGAUGGAAUGAUGGUAUAUUCUCUACCACUCUAGGCGCUAUUCAGAGAAAUGGUUAUCGUGACGUAUAUUUCCAUCCUAUGGCCAGUACAAAUGAAUUUGUUGUAUCGAGUAGUAUUCUUCAAAAUGAAACAAAUGCAGCUCGAUCUGAUCAUGGGCGUGAUUUCCGAAUUUUAGGAAACCGAGGAAUCAAUAAACAAUCUACAAUGCAUGAAUAUGAUGAACGUACCGGAAUAAUUUUCUACGACGAAAUACAUCGAAAUGGUGUGGGGUGCUGGAAUACAAGAAAACCAUUCUCAGCAGAAAAUCACGGUACUGUUGCACAAGAUGAAGCACGAAUGAUAUACCCAAGUGAUCUGACGAUUGAUGACAAUGGAACAAUAUGGGUUAUGACAAAUUCUAUGCCAUUAUUUAUAUAUUCAACUUUAGAUUCCAAUACUUUUAACUUUCGUGUAUGGAAACAAAAUGUCUACGAAGCUGCAAAAAAUACAAUAUGUGCCUAAAUUCAUUAAUAUUAAUGUUAUGUUUUUGCUG